AUGACGGCAAAACGCACAUACAGUACUAAUAGCAGUCAGACCUGGGAUGAACCAAACUACGUUGCCCCUCGUGUCCCCGAUACAUGGCAGCGCUCCCCCAGGACAGACACAGACAAUAGGAUUCAUAGGCCGUACGUCCCCAGGGCAACUUCCGCCCCUAGCUUUGAGCAACCGCAAGGGAGCGAAAAGUAUUCUUCCCGCCACCAUGAAUACUCGGUAUUGCAACAACACUGCAUAUACUGGGAUAGGGAUGAAGAUGGCAUUAUCUGGCCCAGGGAUACAUGGGUCGGGUUUCGCGACUUAGGUUUCAACAUGCUGCUCGCUACGACCUACGUCCCAGACCCGUUUUUUCGCAUUCACAUAGACUACAUUCAUAAAGACAAGCACGGCUCAGACUCUGGCGUUUUCGAUUCGUAUGGGCGAUUCAUCCCUUCCAGAUUUGAAGACAUCUGGUCCCAGUACACUCGCCGCAGCAGAGCAGAGCCACCCCGCACGAGCUUGACGUUGAGCGAGUUGUGGGAGUUUCUAAAAGGAAAUCGGGUUGCGGUAGACCCGUUCGGUUGGGUAGCCGCCGCUUUGGAGUGGCUCACGACCUUCUUGCUCGUCCAGCAGCGAGGCGAAGUGGAGAAGGAAGACGUGCGAAAAAUCUUGGACGGUUCCCUGUUCUUUGAGAUUAGGGAGGCUAGGAAAUCGAAGGGAGGAUGGAACAAGGGCUGGGGACUCGGAGGCGAUGGGUUUAUCGGCGGGGAAAAGGUGUGGUAUAUUGGAUUGUAG